AUGAGCGGCGUGGGCAUGCUGACCCGGCAGCAGCAGGCUUUCAGCUCGGUUUCCGGGGUCUUUAGAGACUGGGGCACGCGUCUGCGAUUCCUCGCUGGUGCGGUCGGGAUUCUCCGGGAGGGCAUCGAGGGCGGGAAGGCCUUUGCAGUCCAAAUGCAUGCGCCAAUCAAGAUCGGGCUGCCGGGGCAGAUGCCCUCCAUCGAUGAUGGCAUGGAUGCGGACCUUGACAACGAUCACAACCACAAGGACAGCCCGAGCAAACGCAGUCGAGGGCCUGGGCAGGCGCCGGCGGGGUCUGCCUCGGAUGAGGUGCCCCUCACUAUGUCGUCGCUGCGGACCCUGCUGGGCGAACAAUGCAACACUCUGCUGCAUGCUCAGAAGGACCAACUUCACGCGGCGCUCGGCGACCUGGAGAAGAGGACCAUGCACCACAUGCAGGUGAUCGAAGCCAAGGUUGAUAGUCAGCAGGACCAACACCAGAAGCUGUCCCAGCAAGUGCAAGCUAUGGCUGAGAGGGUGCAGCUACUGGAGAAUCGUGAGGGUUCGCUACCGGGCCGAGGCGUCGACCGCAAGGCCACCCUGAUCUUUGGAGGCUGGCAGCAGCAAACUCGUCGUGCGACCAUCUUGGACCAGCUCGACAGGGCGCUACAGGCGCUUGGCGUGACGGAGUUUCUUGACCACCAACCAUUCACCACAGGACCGCGGAGAUCGGUGGCCAUGGCUAAUUUCUCCCUCCGACCAGCGGAGCGUGAGGGCGAUCCACGACAGCGUAUGAUGAAGGUUCUUCAAGCCGUGAACGCCGGGAAGGUUCAGCUCGAGGGGGCGGCCAAAACACUCUGGUGCAGUUUCUCGAGAACCCCCGCAGAGCGGGGACGUGCAGCUGUCACAGCGGUGGUGAAAAAGAUCGUGAUGAGGCACUGCCCCACUAGGCAGGAUGACUUGGAUCUGGACUACGCUGCCGGCUCCGCAUGGGUACGCGAUGACCAAGUUUCAGGGAUGGGGCCACCUCCGGAUGAGUGUCACCGUGCAAGGAUCGUGGAGACGAAAGCGGGCUCUGGAUGGAUUGACAUCUCGACCUUGGCAAAGUGGGUGGAAACCGAUAAGGACGUGCUCAAUGCCCUCGUCGACGAGCACAGGCAAGUGGAAAAAAGCGACCUCGUUCUCCUGCAGGAACUUCCGAGGGAUAAGGAAGGUUGGGACUACCAGCAACUUCAGGGACGACGUGUCAUUGCCCACAGAGCUGCCGAGCAGUGGAGGGGUACAGGAUUGUGGUUUGACGAUCGGGUGUGGUGUGUGCUGCGUAAGGUCGCGUCACAUCGAGGAACGUGGUUUAAGUUAAGGCACCUCGAGCACCAGUUGGAACUAUGGGUAGGCACAGCGCAUUUCCAGCCAGGGUGUACGCAUGCCACCUUCGAGGAAGAUGUGACGCAACACUUCGGAUCCCUCCCACGCAGUGCUCAUCGUGUUGUUUUCCAGGGGGAUGUCAACACCGGGUUCUUGUGGCAGGUGGAUGAUGCAGGGGUGACCGCAUACGCGAAAGAAGGGAAGGGCAACACCCUACACCAAAUUGCCGUCCAACAGGGUAUGCAUUUUCUGCCUCCGCGCCGUGAUCAGCUGGAUGUGGCCACGAGCCGGCCGAGGCAGGAGAACAGGGAGGGCCAGUGCAUUGAUGUCUACUUGGGGAAGUUCGCAUCCUGCAGAGGGGUUCGGGUUUGUGAGGACUCGUACAUGUGCCUUGGCACAGACCAUGAGCUUGUGAUCGGUUCCUUCGCAUUCCCGGGGAAGAAGAUGCACCGUCGUCAUGAUAGCUGUCCCAGGGUUUUGACCAAGCCCAUCGGCCAACUCGACCACAUCGACCAGCAGGUCCUAGCCGGACUCGCCGUGUCUCACACCAAACCAAGCCAAGGACGUUCCUACAAGGACCCCGUGGAGGUCAAGCACGCUUUUCGAGAGGCCAAGCGCAGGGGGACUGCUGUUCUUUGGAAGGAGGCCCUCAAGCUACGUAGACAAGCCCGCCUAGUUUGGGAAAAGGACAGGCUUCGCCGGGCCAGCCAAGGCGAUUGGGGUUCCUUCAAGGCCCUCAAACCCUGCAAACAAGCGGGGUGGGACGUGGCGUUCGCCGAGGUCCAAACUGGCGACCCUCAUGCCUCCGUCCACCAGCACCUUGCCGAUGUCUAUGCUGGGCCUGCGCUCCAGCCUGAACCACCGUGGAAGGGAGAGAUUAAGGCGUUUACGACUGAAGAGCUCAGGGUAGGGUUGAGUCAAAUGAAACGAGGGAAGGCCGUCGGCCUCGACUCUACAUCGACUGAGUUGCUCUAUGGGGUCAUGGAAGCUCCCGGUGGUGAAGGGCACCUCUUGGAGUACUAUAACAGAAUCCUUGCCACGCAGUCGAUACCGCAGGUGUGGAAUGACCCCUCGCUAAUCGUCCUGCCUAAGACACAUGCCCCGACUGUGCCCCGUGAACUCAGACCAAUCGCUAUGUCCAGUGCUGUGGGGAAACUCUUCAGCAGGCUCCUGCUCAACCGCGCCCUUCCCUCUAUUAGACCAUCUACGUACGCACAAUGUGCCGGUGUUCAUAGACAGACCUCCGAUUACCUGUACACGGCCUUCCGGACCUUUGAACUCUGCCGCGAAUGGGGGCAUCCCCUUGCCAUCUUAAAACUCGACUUAGAAAAAGCGUUUGAUCGGCUUGAUCGCGGUGCUCUAUUGGAACAACUCGAAAGACGGAUUGGCCAGGGGGCGGAACUCCAGUGUUGGAAGGGCCUACUGAGUACCACGAGGGGGCACCUCCAGACACCGUGGGGUGACAGUGUCGUCGAGAUGAACAGGGGUAUAAAGCAGGGCUCAGUCGAGUCGCCAGCCCUGUUUGGACAUGUCACUGAGGUAUGCCUGGCGCUGGCGGUGGACUCCGACAUCUGGAAGGCGCACCCUAGGGUUCUUGAAGGGAUGGACGCAGAGGAGAUGCUCUUCGUAGACGAUGGCCUUCUAUGGUGCCGCUCUUGCAAGGGGAUUGAAGACAGGGUUCAGGCUUUGGUCGUGGAGUUGAGCAAGUUCGGUUUGAAAUUGAACCCCGCCAAAUGCCAGCUGUAUGUGAAGAACGUUGAGGACGGGUCGUCUGUCAGGGUUCAGGGGACCAGGGUUGAGGCGGCUGCCUACAUGGAGGUUAUGGGCAUCAAGAUGUACGUAGGCAUCAGCAUCUACGAGCUCGUGGCCCCCCUUGUUGCGAGGGCCAGGUCGAAAUUCUGGGAGCUCAAACACAUAUUCAGGUGUCGAUCAGGCAUGAAGGCGAGAGUGAAGGUCAUGGAAAGGGUUGUGGGGUCCACGGCACUCUGGUGUUUGGCGAGCUUCAUGCCUGACGCGGCUGCUAUGUCCCUCCUCAACUCCACCCAACUUCAGCUCAUGGUGUGGCUGUUGAGAUUUGCCAAACGAGCAGAUGAACCCUGGGAUGCCUACCGACAGAGAGCCUUCCGUGGGGCCAGAGCAGCCCUGCACAGUACAGGAGUGGAGCGCUGGUCCACAACGUGGUUGCGGAGAUAUUGGUCCUUCGCAGGCCACAGGGUCAGGGGGAUGCUGGCUCCGAGUCCUGUUAUCAGCUCCCUCUAUGAAGACUUCAGAACAGGGCCAUGGUGGGAUAAGGAGAAGCGGAGAAAGAAGGGAGGGUUCAAGCACCAUCAACAUUAUCCCCGACUGUCCAACAUGGAGAAAGCGAUGGACAAAGUAACGGGUGGGCCAUGGCGAGAGAAGGCACACGAUAGAAAACAGUGGAAGUUCCUUGAGAAUCAAUGGGCACUGUCAUGUGAAGGUGACUCCGGCCGCCUGAUGGCUCAGCCGCCUGUCGAACUUUUGACUAGGUUGGGCCUCACCGCCUAUGGUGACGACCCUUGUGCAGCACAAGCCUUGACGAUUUCGACUACCUUGGAGAAACAGGGCAAGCACCUGCCCCAGUCCUUCGUGACGAGGCCUUCUCCGACUGCAUGCACCGAAUUCAUCGACACCCGACCCGGUGCCACCACGACCACCCGCUGCCAAGCUGCAGAACGCGAUUCCGCUGAAGAACGACCCGGUCGGCGGAAGGUCAACCCCGUCGCGUUCCACCACGGCACGACCAUGCCAGUCACCUACUACCCGACCAGGACCUACCACGCCAACAUUGCACGUGACGAUGACUCCACCUCGCUGAUUGGGAUGCCCUCAAAUGCCCUGCUGACGACGGCGGGAAUCACCGGCCUCCUGGCUUUCGACUUGCCCUUCCCGCCCGACCAGGUGCCCGGCUGGUACGACAUCCUCCUGGACAACGUGAUGUUCCUGCAGGACCGUGGGGGCUCGAUUCGGGAUAUUGGCGCCGCUUUCUGGGCUGAAGUCCGAAGCUACCGCGACCCCCGCUUCGAGGAUGAAAACGAAUUGCUGCUGAACGGGUUCUUCCACGCGCUCCAUGCCAACAGGGGGAUCGCUGCACAACCACAAGACCCCGCCACGGUCCGCAUGGGCCCACCCAGUCAGGCGGAGUUGGCACAUACUGUCAGUCAUGCCAUUCGGGUCAUCAGAGAUCGUUGGUUGUGGAAGGUGUGCCCGGAAGCAAUGAAGAAUCUGUACUCCGAGCAGCAGCUGGCCCAACACGGCAUUGUACCUGCCGUGGCAACCCCAGCCAGGUACUGGGAGGAGGAAAUCGAGCGACGACAGCUUAGCAGAUCCCGAUCCCCACAGCGUCGACAUCGACAAAGUCAACAAGGGCCUGAAGGACCUGAAGAAGAUGAGGUGGAGGGGCACUCACUGGUGCAGAAACGGAAGAGUGAGGCAACGACUGAGGUCACCGACACCCGCAGGCGCCGCCGUUCUGCACCAUGGAAGGAGAAAGUCCUGCGAGACCUCAAGCUGAUGGGGAGCGACAGAGCCAGGGCCAGAGCCCACCGACAGCUUCUUGGUUAUUUGGCAGGGCACCAUGGCCCGCAGGUGGCUGACUUUGCUGAGGCCAUCGUCAACACACUCUGGGAUCGCCUUGACCAAUGUGACUUGCCCCAGCAAACCCCUGAUCUGCCUGACCUGCACACGUGGACUGCUGACACGGCCAGUGCACUGGUGGCUCUAUGGGACCAGCAGCAGAACAGAGAGGCCGCCCAAGGGGCGACAUCGACUCAAGGGGUUGUCCCGACGACUGUGGAAACCAGAGGAUCGGGAGUGGCGGGCGAGGCAGGGAUCACCCUCGACCCACCGUCGGAGCUCCCCUUCGGAAUCUUCCAUGCGGCCUACGUCUGGCCUGACGGGACCUGGAACACACGAGGUGAACUGCUGCGAAUGGGACGAGGAGACCUUGUACAUGCCAACGGCGAGCACACAGAGCCAGACGGGCACGAGGGUGACGGAGAUGAUGCCUCCCUGAUGCAAGGCGAAUCGAGAGCCCGGCCAACUUGGACCAUGCUUAUGGAGACCCUUCAAGUCUGGAUUGAGCAUGGGAUGGAUGAGACGGCCCUGCUGGAUAUGGUGGUCGGCCUGGAAACAAGGAGAGAAAAUGAGGAGUACAUGGAGUGGGUCAAGGGGCCGCUGAACACUGUCAGGCUGACCUGCGAAGAUACCCGGCGCGGGACUGCAGACCAAACACUCCUGGACCCUCUCUCCUGGCAGUGGGUCUUGGAUGUGGAAUCGUCCUUGUGGCGAUCCUUUGGAAACCGCGGGCGAGAUCCACGUGAAGGCCGCGAACCAGGUGGUGGAGGUGACGAUGACAGGGUUCACCUCAUGGAGCGCGGACGGAAAGGGGAUGGCAGCUACCGCAGGAGACGGACACAUAGAGAGGCUCGUACACCGAGGGGCGAACGCUACCGCCGGAGGGAGGUUGUCACGGAGUCGGUCAGGAGUUUGCUACCCCGGGACGACCGACAUUCCCGGCGUGACGCGGGACUUUGUGCAGGUGAACCACGAACCAAGACAAGCGCGCGGGCCGCAGGGGCAUCUCACGGCAACCAUACGGCAGGAGACUCGCCUCGACCAGUACCUACUCAGGCCACAUCCACUCACUCUGGGGCGGGGAGUUCGACGGACCGGCCAAGACGGCCUCCCAGCCUGCACGCCCAGCUGAACCGUGAACAAGCAUGUGACCUAUGGCGCUACCUACUGGGACUGGACAGGCACUCAUGGCCGAAUGGUCUUGCUGUGGUUGGAUCGGGCCACGCCUUCGUUCCCCAGCAGACCCAGGACCGGAUCAUGGACGCCUUUCGUACGAUGAGCGAGCCUAACCGGCUACUGCUGACGGUGACCUUUGUAGAAAUGCUCAGGUACCUUAUGGCGGAGGUGAGCAACCUGAUGUACCAAGGUUCUCUGCUUGGACGUGUGGCAUCGGGGGAGGUCGUAGAGGUGACGCUCGACCCUUCGGAGGAGGAACCUGACGCUGAACACGAUGAAGCAGGCCUGAUGCAGCGCUUCAUGGUUGGUGGAGGGAGGGGCGAUGACGACCGCUGGGCUCGCGAUCUGGCCAGAAUGCAACGUGAGAUGGGAGGCCAGGCCAAAUCCAGGAGAAAUGCGAACAUCAGAAGGGUUCGCCGGGCCCUGCCGGCGUGUGAGCCGUGGAGCGACGCGGAGGGGCGUCGCGAGAUGUUGAGAGCACUGCUGAUAGCUAUGUACGAGGAGGACGCUGGCGAGGGGGUCGCGGACGAGUUGUGGCUGGCCGGAUGGGCGAACGAGUUGGAGCACUUCUUACCAGGGUGUGCCUUCAACCUCGAAGUCGUGCCAAUGGAGGCGCCAGUGGUCUUGGACAGUGACAGCUGUCCUCUGGAAGCAGUGCCAGCAGACCCGUGCCAGCCUGAUGUCGAUGAUCCUGAGCUCGUGGCGGCCAGAUUCGAGGAGGCAGCCUUCAGACAGCAAGAGACGAACCUCCUCCAGCAGCAGGCGGCAGAGUUCCAGAAAUGGGAAAGAGAUUUGGUCCGAAACGAGAUGGAUAAAACAAAGCCUCAGAAGAGACAGAGAACAUGCUGCAUGGUCGAUGUCGAGGCUGCGUCGAGCAGUGGCGAUAAGCCACGCAUUGGCCACCGCUUCAGCCUCAUGGUACCUGAUGAUGGGCAGGCCGUGACACUCACGGUCCGGGCUCAGAUGGUACCUGCGCCGGAAGAAGUGAGCACCGACGAGAUGCCCAGCCCCGCCGGAGUACCGUCCAGUGCUAAGGCGGAAUGCUCUACGGCACCCCGGGCUAUGGAAGCCAUGGAGUUUGCGGACUUUCAGGCGAUAUACCAACAGUGGCACACCGGCGAGCUCACGCUGGACCAAAUCCAGGAACAGCACGGAUCGGAGGUGGCAGAACUCAUAGCCACACAUGACAUGGUGGCGGCCAUGAACGAGGACACCGAGGCGAUGCUCCGUGCAGGUCGAGUGGACGAGGGACCUACCAGGGAUGGAGCGCUGCGAGGACAACCUGAGGGUGUGGGGAUUGAAAGCCAUGGGAACUCGGAGGCGACAACGUUGCCGCUUCCCCCGCCUUUGGACAAGCCCCAAAACGAGGAUGACCGCACGCAGAUGGAACAAAGCAGCGAUGACGACCGUGAAUACAGUCCAGAGGUGAAUAUGGAUAACGAGAAGUAUCUUCUCGCACAUCCGGAGAUCCGCGACAUGAUCUCCGUGUUCGUCCACCAGGUACUGGAGUACAAGCCGGACAACAUACUGAGGUUUGCGGGCGACUUCUUCACGAGGGACGACUUGUACGCCUGCGUCAAGAAGAAAACGGAAGAA